AUGAUAUUCAUAAACUCUCGACCACUUGACGAAUCCGUUUAUCACGACCGUCGUCCAAGCAAGGCGCCUUCCCACCACUCGGUCCACGAUUAUACUAUUCACGUAGUCACUCUCCGUGUUGUACUGUGUCUUCUGCUGCUGUACCUACUGGUUAGCAUCGUACCUGUUCUACUCCACUAUCCACUCUCCUUGGUGUCAUUGUUUGUGCCCUGUGUUACCAUGCUGUACUCCCUCUGCAACAUCAAGUCCGAAAGUCGAUCCGAUCACUGGCCCUGUCUCCUGGUGGCGGUAAUAGGAAUCCUUGUGAAAACGACUGCCACAAUCGUAUACAUUAUUGUUUUCCCGUUCAAGGACACUCGUACUGAUGUGUCGCUCAAUCAGUACAGGAUGGUGUUCUUUGUGAUACUCAUCGGACUCGAAAUUCUAAUGCUUCUAAUCGCCAUGUGUCUAAAAUGGCAUCUUGUUGCGUUCGAGAAAAUCGAAAGCGACAUAUUUGCAAAACUCCGGAUCGCAGGUGUCUGCGGUGGGGAACGAACGCGCUAA